AUGACCGGCGCAUUGUUUAGAAACGCUGCCUCCGAGGCCUCAAGGAUCUUUCGGUCGCAGCGAGUAGCGCCGGCGAGUCCUUUCGGGAAGGUGGAUCCGUCUCUGAGAGGAGACAUCCGGCGAUUGCAGUCGAGGCCUUAUUUCCGCGCGCCUCAGCUUCUCGGGAAAGCAAAGGAAACCGGAGUCUCUCCUCCUUCGUUAAUCUCUGGUUUCUGUUCUUCGUCUUCCUCGUCUACGACGGCCUCUACGGCGUCGUUUGCGAAGGCGGGAUUCAUCGGAUGGUAUUUGGGUAUGGUGAAAUCGAGGCCGGUUUUGACCAAAUCCGUCACGUCCUCGCUUAUUUACAUAGCCGCUGAUCUGUCUUCACAGACAAUUCCGCAAGCUUCGGUGGAGUCUUAUGACUUGGUAAGAACAGCAAGGAUGGCAGGAUAUGGGUUAUUAAUAUUGGGUCCUACACUUCAUUAUUGGUUCAAUCUCAUGUCAAGACUCUUCCCAAAACGAGAUUUGAUUACAACGUUUAAGAAAAUGGCCAUGGGACAGACGGUCUAUGGCCCUUGCAUGAACGUUGUUUUCUUCUCACUGAAUGCAGCCCUACAGGGUGAAAACGGUUCAGAGAUAGUUGCUAGAUUGAAAAGGGACCUACUUCCCACGAUGCUAAACGGUGUCAUGUAUUGGCCUAUGUGUGAUUUCAUUACAUUCAAGUUCUUCCCAGUUCAUUUACAGCCACUUGUGAGCAACUCGUUUUCGUAUCUAUGGACAAUCUACAUAACUUACAUGGCAGGCCGCGCGAAACCAACUGCCAUUACAGAAUGA